GCAAAACAUCACGCUAAUCACAACAAAGGCAGUGAACGACACUUCGAGGACGACAUCAACAAGUUCGGUUGUCGGAACCAUGAUCACACCAUCGCCCAAUAUUACAAGCUACCCCUCAUUGAUGACGUUGGCAUUGGGUAAUUUUACAAGUGCAACAAGCGUUGUCUUUGACUCGACUUCCCACAAUGGAACUCCACUUGUACAAAGCAUCACUGCCCCUACCUUACCAAACGUCACAAUAAACAGGACUAGAGAAGCGAACAGCACUAUGAUUCUUUCCUCGACAAGCGUGUCGUACAAUACAACACUAACACCAGCGCCAGAUGUAGCAAGUACUGCACCAACAGCGAUUUCACCAUCUUCUGUAGGCAAUAUGACGACACUGGUUUCUUCUGUUAACUUGACGAUAUCUUCAUUGUCAACCACAUUGAUCCCAAGCAUUAGCACGUUUAUUUUGUCUUACAAUACAACCGUUAUCGCAACACCAGACACAACAAGAUUUGUAACUUCAACGAUCUCAUCGUUUACUUUAAAUGAAAGUGCUAACCCGACGACAUCUUUGAUCCAGCAAAACAUCACGCUAAUCACAACAAAGGCUGUGAACGACACUCCGAGGACGACAUCAACAAGUGCGGUUGUCGGAACCAUGAUCACACCAUCACCCAAUAUUAAAAGCUACCCCUCAUUGAUGACGUUGAAAUUGGGUAAUUUUACAACUGCAACAAGUGUUGUCUUUGACUCGACUUCCCACAAUGCAACUCCACUUGUACAAAGCAUCACUGCCCCUACCUCACCAAACGUCACAAUAAACAGGACUAGAGAAGCGAACAGCACUAUGAUUCUUUCCUCGACAAGCGUGUCGUACAAUACAACACUAACACCAGCGCCAGAUGCAACAAGUACUGCACCAACAGCGAUUUCACCAUCUUCUGUAGGCAAUAUGACGACACUGGUUUCUUCUGUUAACUUGACGAGAUCUUCAUUGUCAACCACAUUGAUCCCAAGCAUUAGCACGUCUAUUUUGUCUUACAAUACAACCGUUAUCGCAACACCAGACACAACAAGAUUUGUAACUUCAACGAUCUCAUCGUUUACUUUAAAUGUAAGUGCUAACCCGACGACAUCUUUGAUCCAGCAAAACAUCACGCUAAUCACAACAAAGGCUGUGAACGACACUUCGAGGACGACAUCAACAAGUGCGGUUGUCGGAACCAUGAUCACACCAUCACCCAAUAUUACAAGCUACCCCUCAUUGAUGACGUUGGAAUUGGGUAAUUUUACAACUGCAACGAGUGUUGUCUUUGACUCGACUUCCCACAAUGCAACUCCACUUGUACAAAGCAUCACUGCCCCUACCUUACCAAACGUCACAAUAAACAGGACUAGAGAAGCGAAGAGCCCUAUGAUUCUUUCCUCGACAAGCGUGUCGUACAAUACAACACUAACACCAGCGCCAGAUGCAGCAAGUACUGCACCAACAGCGAUAUCACCAUCUUCUGUAGGCAAUAUGACGACACUGGUUUCUUCUGUUAACUUGACGAGAUCUUCAUUGUCAACCACAUUGAUCCCAAGCAUUCGCACGGCUAUUUUGUCUUACAAUAGAACGGUCAUCGUAACUCCAAACACAACAAGAUUGGUUACCUCAAAAAUCUCAUCGUUUACUGUAAAUGUAAGUGCUAACCCGACGACAUCUUUGAUCCAGCAAAACAUCACGCUAAUCACAACAAAGGCUGUGAAUGACACUUCGAGGACGACAUCAACAAGUGCGGUUGUCGGAACCAUGAUCACACCAUCGCCCAAUAUUACAAGCUACCCCUCAUUGAUGACGUUGGCAUUGGGUAAUUUUACAAGUGCAACAAGCGUUGUCUUUGACUCGACUUCCCACAAUGGAACUCCACUUGUACAAAGCAUCAGUGCCCUUACCUCACCAAACGUCAGAAUAAACAGGACUACAGAAGGGAACAGCACUAUGAUUCUUUCCUCGACAAGCGUGUCGUACAAUACAACACUAACACCAGCGCCAGAUGUAGCAAGUACUGCACCAACAGCGAUUUCACCAUCUUCUGAAGGCAAUAUGACGACACUGGUUUCUUCUGUUAACUUGACGAGAUCUUCAUUGUCAACCACAUUGAUGCCAAGCAUUAGCACGUCUAUUUUGUCUUACAAUACAACCGUUAUCGCAACACCAGACACAACAAGAUUUGUAACUUCAACGAUCUCAUCGUUUACUUUAAAUGUAAGUGCUAACCCGACGACAUCUUUGAUCCAGCAAAACAUCACGCUAAUCACAACAAAGGCUGUGAACGACACUUCGAGGACGACAUCGACAAGUGCGGUUGUCGGAACCAUGAUCACACCAUCACCCAAUAUUAAAAGCUACCCCUCAUUGAUGACGUUGGAAUUGGGUAAUUUUACAACUGCAACAAGUGUUGUCUUUGACUCGACUUCACACAAUGCAACUCCACUUGUACAAAGCAUCACUGCCCCUACCUCACCAAACGUCACAAUAAACAGGACUAGAGAAGCGAACAGCACUAUGAUUCUUUCCUCGACAAGCGUGUCGUACAAUACAACACUAACACCAGCGCCAGAUGUAGCAAGUACUGCACCAACAGCGAUUUCACCAUCUUCUGUAGGCAAUAUGACGACACUGGUUUCUUCUGUUAACUUGACGAUAUCUUCAUUGUCAACCACAUUGAUCCCAAGCAUUAGCACGUUUAUUUUGUCUUACAAUACAACCGUUAUCGCAACACCAGACACAACAAGAUUUGUAACUUCAACGAUCUCAUCGUUUACUUUAAAUGAAAGUGCUAACCCGACGACAUCUUUGAUCCAGCAAAACAUCACGCUAAUCACAACAAAGGCUGUGAACGACACUCCGAGGACGACAUCAACAAGUGCGGUUGUCGGAACCAUGAUCACACCAUCACCCAAUAUUAAAAGCUACCCCUCAUUGAUGACGUUGAAAUUGGGUAAUUUUACAACUGCAACAAGUGUUGUCUUUGACUCGACUUCCCACAAUGCAACUCCACUUGUACAAAGCAUCACUGCCCCUACCUCACCAAACGUCACAAUAAACAGGACUAGAGAAGCGAACAGCACUAUGAUUCUUUCCUCGACAAGCGUGUCGUACAAUACAACACUAACACCAGCGCCAGAUGCAACAAGUACUGCACCAACAGCGAUUUCACCAUCUUCUGUAGGCAAUAUGACGACACUGGUUUCUUCUGUUAACUUGACGAGAUCUUCAUUGUCAACCACAUUGAUCCCAAGCAUUAGCACGUCUAUUUUGUCUUACAAUACAACCGUUAUCGCAACACCAGACACAACAAGAUUUGUAACUUCAACGAUCUCAUCGUUUACUUUAAAUGUAAGUGCUAACCCGACGACAUCUUUGAUCCAGCAAAACAUCACGCUAAUCACAACAAAGGCUGUGAACGACACUUCGAGGACGACAUCAACAAGUGCGGUUGUCGGAACCAUGAUCACACCAUCACCCAAUAUUACAAGCUACCCCUCAUUGAUGACGUUGGAAUUGGGUAAUUUUACAACUGCAACGAGUGUUGUCUUUGACUCGACUUCCCACAAUGCAACUCCACUUGUACAAAGCAUCACUGCCCCUACCUUACCAAACGUCACAAUAAACAGGACUAGAGAAGCGAAGAGCCCUAUGAUUCUUUCCUCGACAAGCGUGUCGUACAAUACAACACUAACACAAGCGCCAGAUGCAGCAAGUACUGCACCAACAGCGAUAUCACCAUCUUCUGUAGGCAAUAUGACGACACUGGUUUCUUCUGUUAACUUGACGAGAUCUUCAUUGUCAACCACAUUGAUCCCAAGCAUUCGCACGGCUAUUUUGUCUUACAAUAGAACGGUCAUCGUAACUCCAAACACAACAAGAUUGGUUACCUCAAAAAUCUCAUCGUUUACUGUAAAUGUAAGUGCUAACCCGACGACAUCUUUGAUCCAGCAAAACAUCACGCUAAUCACAACAAAGGCUGUGAAUGACACUUCGAGGACGACAUCAACAAGUGCGGUUGUCGGAACCAUGAUCACACCAUCGCCCAAUAUUACAAGCUACCCCUCAUUGAUGACGUUGGCAUUGGGUAAUUUUACAAGUGCAACAAGCGUUGUCUUUGACUCGACUUCCCACAAUGGAACUCCACUUGUACAAAGCAUCAGUGCCCUUACCUCACCAAACAUCAGAAUAAACAGGACUACAGAAGCGAACAGCACUAUGAUUCUUUCCUCGACAAGCGUGUCGUACAAUACAACACUAACACCAGCGCCAGAUGUAGCAAGUACUGCACCAACAGCGAUUUCACCAUCUUCUGUAGGCAAUAUGACGACACUGGUUUCUUCUGUUAACUUGACGAGAUCUUCAUUGUCAACCACAUUGAUGCCAAGCAUUAGCACGUCUAUUUUGUCUUACAAUACAACCGUUAUCGCAACACCAGACACAACAAGAUUUGUAACUUCAACGAUCUCAUCGUUUACUUUAAAUGUAAGUGCUAACCCGACGACAUCUUUGAUCCAGCAAAACAUCACGCUAAUCACAACAAAGGCUGUGAACGACACUUCGAGGACGACAUCGACAAGUGCGGUUGUCGGAACCAUGAUCACACCAUCACCCAAUAUUAAAAGCUACCCCUCAUUGAUGACGUUGGAAUUGGGUAAUUUUACAACUGCAACAAGUGUUGUCUUUGACUCGACUUCACACAAUGCAACUCCACUUGUACAAAGCAUCACUGCCCCUACCUCACCAAACGUCACAAUAAACAGGACUAGAGAAGCGAACAGCACUAUGAUUCUUUCCUCGACAAGCGUGUCGUACAAUACAACACUAACACCAGCGCCAGAUGUAGCAAGUACUGCACCAACAGCGAUUUCACCAUCUUCUGUAGGCAAUAUGACGACACUGGUUUCUUCUGUUAACUUGACGAUAUCUUCAUUGUCAACCACAUUGAUCCCAAGCAUUAGCACGUUUAUUUUGUCUUACAAUACAACCGUUAUCGCAACACCAGACACAACAAGAUUUGUAACUUCAACGAUCUCAUCGUUUACUUUAAAUGAAAGUGCUAACCCGACGACAUCUUUGAUCCAGCAAAACAUCACGCUAAUCACAACAAAGGCUGUGAACGACACUCCGAGGACGACAUCAACAAGUGCGGUUGUCGGAACCAUGAUCACACCAUCACCCAAUAUUAAAAGCUACCCCUCAUUGAUGACGUUGAAAUUGGGUAAUUUUACAACUGCAACAAGUGUUGUCUUUGACUCGACUUCCCACAAUGCAACUCCACUUGUACAAAGCAUCACUGCCCCUACCUCACCAAACGUCACAAUAAACAGGACUAGAGAAGCGAACAGCACUAUGAUUCUUUCCUCGACAAGCGUGUCGUACAAUACAACACUAACACCAGCGCCAGAUGCAACAAGUACUGCACCAACAGCGAUUUCACCAUCUUCUGUAGGCAAUAUGACGACACUGGUUUCUUCUGUUAACUUGACGAGAUCUUCAUUGUCAACCACAUUGAUCCCAAGCAUUAGCACGUCUAUUUUGUCUUACAAUACAACCGUUAUCGCAACACCAGACACAACAAGAUUUGUAACUUCAACGAUCUCAUCGUUUACUUUAAAUGUAAGUGCUAACCCGACGACAUCUUUGAUCCAGCAAAACAUCACGCUAAUCACAACAAAGGCUGUGAACGACACUUCGAGGACGACAUCAACAAGUGCGGUUGUCGGAACCAUGAUCACACCAUCACCCAAUAUUACAAGCUACCCCUCAUUGAUGACGUUGGAAUUGGGUAAUUUUACAACUGCAACGAGUGUUGUCUUUGACUCGACUUCCCACAAUGCAACUCCACUUGUACAAAGCAUCACUGCCCCUACCUUACCAAACGUCACAAUAAACAGGACUAGAGAAGCGAAGAGCCCUAUGAUUCUUUCCUCGACAAGCGUGUCGUACAAUACAACACUAACACCAGCGCCAGAUGCAGCAAGUACUGCACCAACAGCGAUAUCACCAUCUUCUGUAGGCAAUAUGACGACACUGGUUUCUUCUGUUAACUUGACGAGAUCUUCAUUGUCAACCACAUUGAUCCCAAGCAUUCGCACGGCUAUUUUGUCUUACAAUAGAACGGUCAUCGUAACUCCAAACACAACAAGAUUGGUUACCUCAAAAAUCUCAUCGUUUACUGUAAAUGUAAGUGCUAACCCGACGACAUCUUUGAUCCAGCAAAACAUCACGCUAAUCACAACAAAGGCUGUGAAUGACACUUCGAGGACGACAUCAACAAGUGCGGUUGUCGGAACCAUGAUCACACCAUCGCCCAAUAUUACAAGCUACCCCUCAUUGAUGACGUUGGCAUUGGGUAAUUUUACAAGUGCAACAAGCGUUGUCUUUGACUCGACUUCCCACAAUGGAACUCCACUUGUACAAAGCAUCAGUGCCCUUACCUCACCAAACAUCAGAAUAAACAGGACUACAGAAGCGAACAGCACUAUGAUUCUUUCCUCGACAAGCGUGUCGUACAAUACAACACUAACACCAGCGCCAGAUGUAGCAAGUACUGCACCAACAGCGAUUUCACCAUCUUCUGUAGGCAAUAUGACGACACUGGUUUCUUCUGUUAACUUGACGAGAUCUUCAUUGUCAACCACAUUGAUGCCAAGCAUUAGCACGUCUAUUUUGUCUUACAAUACAACCGUUAUCGCAACACCAGACACAACAAGAUUUGUAACUUCAACGAUCUCAUCGUUUACUUUAAAUGUAAGUGCUAACCCGACGACAUCUUUGAUCCAGCAAAACAUCACGCUAAUCACAACAAAGGCUGUGAACGACACUUCGAGGACGACAUCGACAAGUGCGGUUGUCGGAACCAUGAUCACACCAUCACCCAAUAUUAAAAGCUACCCCUCAUUGAUGACGUUGGAAUUGGGUAAUUUUACAACUGCAACAAGUGUUGUCUUUGACUCGACUUCACACAAUGCAACUCCACUUGUACAAAGCAUCACUGCCCCUACCUCACCAAACGUCACAAUAAACAGGACUAGAGAAGCGAAGAGCACUAUGAUUCUUUCCUCGACAAGCGUGUCGUACAAUACAACACUAACACCAGCGCCAGAUGUAGCAAGUACUGCACCAACAGCGAUUUCACCAUCUUCUGUAGGCAAUAUGACGACACUGGUUUCUUCUGUUAACUUGACGAUAUCUUCAUUGUCAACCACAUUGAUCCCAAGCAUUAGCACGUUUAUUUUGUCUUACAAUACAACCGUUAUCGCAACACCAGACACAACAAGAUUUGUAACUUCAACGAUCUCAUCGUUUACUUUAAAUGAAAGUGCUAACCCGACGACAUCUUUGAUCCAGCAAAACAUCACGCUAAUCACAACAAAGGCUGUGAACGACACUCCGAGGACGACAUCAACAAGUGCGGUUGUCGGAACCAUGAUCACACCAUCACCCAAUAUUAAAAGCUACCCCUCAUUGAUGACGUUGAAAUUGGGUAAUUUUACAACUGCAACAAGUGUUGUCUUUGACUCGACUUCCCACAAUGCAACUCCACUUGUACAAAGCAUCACUGCCCCUACCUCACCAAACGUCACAAUAAACAGGACUAGAGAAGCGAAGAGCCCUAUGAUUCUUUCCUCGACAAGCGUGUCGUACAAUACAACACUAACACCAGCGCCAGAUGCAGCAAGUACUGCACCAACAGCGAUAUCACCAUCUUCUGUAGGCAAUAUGACGACACUGGUUUCUUCUGUUAACUUGACGAGAUCUUCAUUGUCAACCACAUUGAUCCCAAGCAUUCGCACGUCUAUUUUGUCUUACAAUAGAACGGUCAUCGUAACUCCAAACACAACAAGAUUGGUUACCUCAAAGAUAUCAUCGUUUACUGUAAAUGUAAGUGCUAACUCGACGACAUCUUUGAUCCAGCAAAACAUCACGCUAAUCACAACAAUGGCUGUGAACGACACUUCGAGGACGACAUCAACAAGUGCGGUUGUCGGAACCAUGAUCACACCAUCACCCAAUAUUACAAGCUACCCCUCAUUGAUGACGUUGGCAUUGGGUAAUUUUACAAGUGUAACAAGCGUUAUCUUUGACUCGACUUCCCACAAUGGAACUCCACCUGUACAAAGCAUCAGUGCCCUUACCUCACCAAACGUCACACUAAACAGGACUACAGAAGCGAACAACACUAUGAUGCUUCCCUUGACAAGCGUGUCAUACAAUACAACACUAACACUAGCGCCGGAUGCAACAAGUACUGCAACAACAGCGAUAUCACCAUCUUCUGUAGCCAAUAUGACGACUCUGGUUUCUUCUGUUAACUUGACGAGAUCUUCAUUGUCAACCACAUUGAUCCCAAGCAUUAGCACGUUUAUUUUGUCUUACAAUACAACCGUUAUCGCAACACCAGACACAACAAGAUUUGUAACUUCAACGAUCUCAUCGUUUACUUUAAAUGUAAGUGCUAACCCGACGACAUCUUUGAUCCAGCAAAACAUCACGCUAAUCACAACAAAGGCUGUGAACGACACUUCGAGGACGACAUCAACAAGUGCGGUUGUCGGAACCAUGAUCACACCAUCACCCAAUGUUAAAAGCUACCCCUCAUUGAUGACGUUGGAAUUGGGUAAUUUUACAACUGCAACAAGUGUUGUCUUUGACUCGACUUCCCACAAUGCAACUCCACUUGUACAAAGCAUCACUGCCCCUACCUUACCAAACGUCACAAUAAACAGGACUAGAGAAGCGAAGAGCCCUAUGAUUCUUUCCUCGACAAGCGUGUCGUACAAUACAACACUAACACCAGCGCCAGAUGCAGCAAGUACUGCACCAACAGCGAUAUCACUAUCUUCUGUAGGCAAUAUGACGACACUGGUUUCUUCUGUUAACUUGACGAGAUCUUCAUUGUCAACCACAUUGAUCCCAAGCAUUCGCACGUCUAUUUUGUCUUACAAUAGAACGGUCAUCGUAACUCCAAACACAACAAGAUUGGUUACCUCAAAGAUCUCAUCGUUUACUGUAAAUGUAAGUGCUAACCCGACGACAUCUUUGAUCCAGCAAAACAUCACGCUAAUCACAACAAAGGCUGUGAACGACACUUCGAGGACGACAUCAACAAGUGCGGUUGUCGGAACCAUGAUCACACCAUCACCCAAUAUUACAAGCUACCCCUCAUUGAUGACGUUGGAAUUGGGUAAUUUUACAACUGCAUCGAGUGUUGUCUUUGACUCGACUUCCCACAAUGCAACUCCACUUGUACAAAGCAUCACUGCCCCUACCUUACCAAACGUCACAAUAAACAGGACUAGAGAAGCGAAGAGCCCUAUGAUUCUUUCCUCGACAAGCGUGUCGUACAAUACAACACUAACACCAGCGCCAGAUGCAGCAAGUACUGCACCAACAGCGAUAUCACCAUCUUCUGUAGGCAAUAUGACGACACUGGUUUCUUCUGUUAACUUGACGAGAUCUUCAUUGUCAACCACAUUGAUCCCAAGCAUUCGCACGGCUAUUUUGUCUUACAAUAGAACGGUCAUCGUAACUCCAAACACAACAAGAUUGGUUACCUCAAAAAUCUCAUCGUUUACUGUAAAUGUAAGUGCUAACCCGACGACAUCUUUGAUCCAGCAAAACAUCACGCUAAUCACAACAAAGGCUGUGAAUGACACUUCGAGGACGACAUCAACAAGUGCGGUUGUCGGAACCAUGAUCACACCAUCGCCCAAUAUUACAAGCUACCCCUCAUUGAUGACGUUGGCAUUGGGUAAUUUUACAAGUGCAACAAGCGUUGUCUUUGACUCGACUUCCCACAAUGGAACUCCACUUGUACAAAGCAUCAGUGCCCUUACCUCACCAAACAUCAGAAUAAACAGGACUACAGAAGCGAACAGCACUAUGAUUCUUUCCUCGACAAGCGUGUCGUACAAUACAACACUAACACCAGCGCCAGAUGUAGCAAGUACUGCACCAACAGCGAUUUCACCAUCUUCUGUAGGCAAUAUGACGACACUGGUUUCUUCUGUUAACUUGACGAGAUCUUCAUUGUCAACCACAUUGAUGCCAAGCAUUAGCACGUCUAUUUUGUCUUACAAUACAACCGUUAUCGCAACACCAGACACAACAAGAUUUGUAACUUCAACGAUCUCAUCGUUUACUUUAAAUGUAAGUGCUAACCCGACGACAUCUUUGAUCCAGCAAAACAUCACGCUAAUCACAACAAAGGCUGUGAACGACACUUCGAGGACGACAUCGACAAGUGCGGUUGUCGGAACCAUAAUCACACCAUCACCCAAUAUUAAAAGCUACCCCUCAUUGAUGACGUUGGAAUUGGGUAAUUUUACAACUGCAACAAGUGUUGUCUUUGACUCGACUUCACACAAUGCAACUCCACUUGUACAAAGCAUCACUGCCCCUACCUCACCAAACGACACAAUAAACAGGACUAGAGAAGCGAAGAGCACUAUGAUUCUUUCCUCGACAAGCGUGUCGUACAAUACAACACUAACACCAGCGCCAGAUGUAGCAAGUACUGCACCAACAGCGAUUUCACCAUCUUCUGUAGGCAAUAUGACGACACUGGUUUCUUCUGUUAACUUGACGAGAUCUUCAUUGUCAACCACAUUGAUCCCAAGCAUUAGCACGUUUAUUUUGUCUUACAAUACAACCGUUAUCGCAACACCAGACACAACAAGAUUUGUAACUUCAACGAUCUCAUCGUUUACUUUAAAUGAAAGUGCUAACCCGACGACAUCUUUGAUCCAGCAAAACAUCACGCUAAUCACAACAAAGGCUGUGAACGACACUCCGAGGACGACAUCAACAAGUGCGGUUGUCGGAACCAUGAUCACACCAUCACCCAAUAUUAAAAGCUACCCCUCAUUGAUGACGUUGAAAUUGGGUAAUUUUACAACUGCAACAAGUGUUGUCUUUGACUCGACUUCCCACAAUGCAACUCCACUUGUACAAAGCAUCACUGCCCCUACCUCACCAAACGACACAAUAAACAGGACUAGAGAAGCGAAGAGCCCUAUGAUUCUUUCCUCGACAAGCGUGUCGUACAAUACAACACUAACACCAGCGCCAGAUGCAGCAAGUACUGCACCAACAGCGAUAUCACCAUCUUCUGUAGGCAAUAUGACGACACUGGUUUCUUCUGUUAACUUGACGAGAUCUUCAUUGUCAACCACAUUGAUCCCAAGCAUUCGCACGUCUAUUUUGUCUUACAAUAGAACGGUCAUCGUAACUCCAAACACAACAAGAUUGGUUACCUCAAAGAUAUCAUCGUUUACUGUAAAUGUAAGUGCUAACUCGACGACAUCUUUGAUCCAGCAAAACAUCACGCUAAUCACAACAAUGGCUGUGAACGACACUUCGAGGACGACAUCAACAAGUGCGGUUGUCGGAACCAUGAUCACACCAUCACCCAAUAUUACAAGCUACCCCUCAUUGAUGACGUUGGCAUUGGGUAAUUUUACAAGUGUAACAAGCGUUAUCUUUGACUCGACUUCCCACAAUGGAACUCCACCUGUACAAAGCAUCAGUGCCCUUACCUCACCAAACGUCACACUAAACAGGACUACAGAAGCGAACAACACUAUGAUGCUUCCCUUGACAAGCGUGUCAUACAAUACAACACUAACACUAGCGCCGGAUGCAACAAGUACUGCAACAACAGCGAUAUCACCAUCUUCUGUAGCCAAUAUGACGACUCUGGUUUCUUCUGUUAACUUGACGAGAUCUUCAUUGUCAACCACAUUGAUCCCAAGCAUUAGCACGUCUAUUUUGUCUUACAAUACAACCGUUAUCGCAACACCAGACACAACAAGAUUUGUAACUUCAACGAUCUCAUCGUUUACUUUAAAUGUAAGUGCUAACCCGACGACAUCUUUGAUCCAGCAAAACAUCACGCUAAUCACAACAAAGGCUGUGAACGACACUCCGAGGACGACAUCAACAAGUGCGGUUGUCGGAACCAUGAUCACACCAUCACCCAAUAUUACAAGCUACCCCUCAUUGAUGACGUUGAAAUUGGGUAAUUUUACAACUGCAACAAGUGUUGUCUUUGACUCGACUUCCAACAAUGCAACUCCACUUGUACAAAGCAUCACUGCCCCUACCUCACCAAACGUCACAAUAAACAGGACUACAGAAGCGAACAGCACUAUGAUUCUUUCCUCGACAAGCGUGUCGUACAAUACAACACUAACACCAGCGCCAGAUGCAGCAAGUACUGCAACAACAGCGAUUUCACCAUCUUCUGUAGGCAAUAUGACGACACUGGUUUCUUCUGUUAACUUGACGAGAUCUUCAUUGUCAACCACAUUGAUCCCAAGCAUUAGCACGUCUAUUUUGUCUUACAAUACAACCGUUAUCGCAACACCAGACACAACAAGAUUUGUAACUUCAACGAUCUCAUCGUUUACUUUAAAUGUAAGUGCUAACCCGACGACAUCUUUGAUCCAGCAAAACAUCACGCUAAUCACAACAAAGGCUGUGAACGACACUUCGAGGACGACAUCAACAAGUGCGGUUGUCGGAACCAUGAUCACACCAUCACCCAAUAUUAAAAGCUACCCCUCAUUGAUGACGUUGGAAUUGGGUAAUUUUACAACUGCAACAAGUGUUGUCUUUGACUCGACUUCCCACAAUGCAACUCCACUUGUACAAAGCAUCACUGCCCCUACCUUACCAAACGUCACAAUAAACAGGACUAGAGAAGCGAAGAGCCCUAUGAUUCUUUCCUCGACAAGCGUGUCGUACAAUACAACACUAACACCAGCGCCAGAUGCAGCAAGUACUGCACCAACAGCGAUAUCACCAUCUUCUGUAGGCAAUAUGACGACACUGGUUUCUUCUGUUAACUUGACGAGAUCUUCAUUGUCAACCACAUUGAUCCCAAGCAUUCGCACGUCUAUUUUGUCUUACAAUAGAACGGUCAUCGUAACUCCAAACACAACAAGAUUGGUUACCUCAAAGAUCUCAUCGUUUACUGUAAAUGUAAGUGCUAACCCGACGACAUCUUUGAUCCAGCAAAACAUCACGCUAAUCACAACAAAGGCUGUGAACGACACUUCGAGGACGACAUCAACAAGUGCGGUUGUCGGAACCAUGAUCACACCAUCGCCCAAUAUUACAAGCUACCCCUCAUUGAUGACGUUGGCAUUGGGUAAUUUUACAAGUGCAACCAGCGUUGUCUUUGACUCGACUUCCCACAAUGGAACUCCACUUGUACAAAGCAUCAGUGCCCUUACCUCACCAAACGUCAGAAUAAACAGGACUACAGAAGCGAACAGCGCUAUGAUUCUUUCCUCGACAAGCGUGUCGUACAAUACAACACUAACACCAGCGCCAGAUGUAGCAAGUACUGCACCAACAGCGAUUUCACCAUCUUCUGUAGGCAAUAUGACGACACUGGUUUCUUCUGUUAACUUGACGAGAUCUUUAUUGUCAACCACUUUGAUCCCAAGCAUUAGCACGUCUACUUUGUCUUACAAUACAACCGUUAUCGCAACACCAGACACAACAAGAUUUGUAACUUCAACGAUCUCAUCGUUUACUUUAAAUGUAAGUGCUAACCCGACGACAUCUUUGAUCCAGCAAAACAUCACGCUAAUCACAACAAAGGCAGUGAACGACACUUCGAGGACGACAUCAACAAGUUCGGUUGUCGGAACCAUGAUCACACCAUCGCCCAAUAUUACAAGCUACCCCUCAUUGAUGACGUUGGCAUUGGGUAAUUUUACAAGUGCAACAAGCGUUGUCUUUGACUCGACUUCCCACAAUGGAACUCCACUUGUACAAAGCAUCAGUGCCCUUACCUCACCAAACGUCAGAAUAAACAGGACUACAGAAGCGAACAGCACUAUGAUUCUUUCCUCGACAAGCGUGUCGUACAAUACAACACUAACACCAGCGCCAGAUGCAGCAAGUACUGCACCAACAGCGAUUUCACCAUCUUCUGUAGGCAAUAUGACGACACUGGUUUCUUCUGUUAACUUGACGAGAUCUUCAUUGUCAACCACAUUGAUCCCAAGCAUUCGCACGUCUAUUUUGUCUUACAAUAGAACGGUCAUCGUAACUCCAAACACAACAAGAUUGGUUACCUCAAAGAUCUCAUCGUUUACUGUAAAUGUAAGUGCUAACCCGACGACAUCUUUGAUCCAGCAAAACAUCACGCUAAUCACAACAAAGGCUGUGAACGACACUUCGAGGACGACAUCAACAAGUGCGGUUGUCGGAACCAUGAUCACACCAUCGCCCAAUAUUACAAGCUACCCCUCAUUGAUGACGUCGGCAUUGGGUAAUUUUACAAGUGCAACAAGCGUUGUCUUUGACUCGACUUCCCACAAUGGAACUCCACUUGUACAAAGCAUCAGUGCCCUUACCUCACCAAACAUCAGAAUAAACAGGACUACAGAAGCGAACAGCACUAUGAUUCUUUCCUCGACAAGCGUGUCGUACAAUACAACACUAACACCAGCGCCAGAUGCAGCAAGUACUGCACCAACAGCGAUAUCACCAUCUUCUGUAGGCAAUAUGACGACACUGGUUUCUUCUGUUAACUUGACGAGAUCUUCAUUGUCAACCACAUUGAUCCCAAGCAUUCGCACGUCUAUUUUGUCUUACAAUAGAACGGUCAUCGUAACUCCAAACACAACAAGAUUGGUUACCUCAAAGAUCUCAUCGUUUACUGUAAAUGUAAGUGCUAACUCGACGACAUCUUUGAUCCAGCAAAACAUCACGCUAAUCACAACAAUGGCUUUGAACGACACUUCGAGGACGACAUCAACAAGUGCGGUUGUCGGAACCAUGAUCACACCAUCACCCAAUAUUACAAGCUACCCCUCAUUGAUGACGUUGGCAUUGGGUAAUUUUACAAGUGCAACAAGCGUUGUCUUUGACUCGACUUCCCACAAUGGAACUCCACUUGUACAAAGCAUCAGUGCCCUUACCUCACCAAACGUCAGAAUAAACAGGACUACAGAAGCGAACAGCACUAUGAUUCUUUCCUCGACAAGCGUGUCGUACAAUACAACACUAACACCAGCGCCAGAUGUAGCAAGUACUGCACCAACAGCGAUUUCACCAUCUUCUGUAGGCAAUAUGACGACACUGGUUUCUUCUGUUAACUUGACGAGAUCUUCAUUGUCAACCACAUUGAUCCCAAGCAUUAGCACGUUUAUUUUGUCUUACAAUACAACCGUUAUCGCAACACCAGACACAACAAGAUUUGUAACUUCAACGAUCUCAUCGUUUACUUUAAAUGUAAGUGCUAACCCGACGACAUCUUUGAUCCAGCAAAACAUCACGCUAAUCACAACAAAGGCUGUGAACGACACUUCGAGGACGACAUCAACAAGUGCGGUUGUCGGAACCAUGAUCACACCAUCACCCAAUAUUAAAAGCUACCCCUCAUUGAUGACGUUGGAAUUGGGUAAUUUUACAACUGCAACAAGUGUUGUCUUUGACUCGACUUCCAACAAUGCAACUCCACUUGUACAAAGCAUCACUGCCCCUACCUCACCAAACGUCACAAUAAACAGGACUAGAGAAGCGAAGAGCCCUAUGAUUCUUUCCUCGACAAGCGUGUCGUACAAUACAACACUAACACCAGCGCCAGAUGCAGCAAGUACUGCACCAACAGCGAUAUCACCAUCUUCUGUAGGCAAUAUGACGACACUGGUUUCUUCUGUUAACUUGACGAGAUCUUCAUUGUCAACCACAUUGAUCCCAAGCAUUCGCACGUCUAUUUUGUCUUACAAUAGAACGGUCAUCGUAACUCCAAACACAACAAGAUUGGUUACCUCAAAGAUCUCAUCGUUUACUGUAAAUGUAAGUGCUAACUCGACGACAUCUUUGAUCCAGCAAAACACCACGCUAAACACAACAAUGGCUUUGAACGACACUUCGAGGACGACAUCAACAAGUGCGGUUGUCGGAACCAUGAUCACACCAUCGCCCAAUAUUACAAGCUACCCCUCAUUGAUGACGUUGGCAUUGGGUAAUUUUACAAGUGCAACAAGCGUUGUCUUUGACUCGACUUCCCACAAUGGAACUCCACUUGUACAAAGCAUCAGUGCCCUUACCUCACCAAACGUCAGAAUAAACAGGACUACAGAAGCGAACAGCACUAUGAUUCUUUCCUCGACAAGCGUGUCGUACAAUACAACACUAACACCAGCGCCAGAUGUAGCAAGUACUGCACCAACAGCGAUUUCACCAUCUUCUGUAGGCAAUAUGACGACACUGGUUUCUUCUGUUAACUUGACGAGAUCUUCAUUGUCAACCACAUUGAUCCCAAGCAUUAGCACGUUUAUUUUGUCUUACAAUACAACCGUUAUCGCAACACCAGACACAACAAGAUUUGUAACUUCAACGAUCUCAUCGUUUACUUUAAAUGUAAGUGCUAACCCGACGACAUCUUUGAUCCAGCAAAACAUCACGCUAAUCACAACAAAGGCUGUGAACGACACUCCGAGGACGACAUCAACAAGUGCGGUUGUCGGAACCAUGAUCACACCAUCACCCAAUAUUAAAAGCUACCCCUCAUUGAUGACGUUGAAAUUGGGUAAUUUUACAACUGCAACAAGUGUUGUCUUUGACUCGACUUCCCACAAUGCAACUCAACUUGUACAAAGCAUCACUGCCCCUACCUCACCAAACGUCACAAUAAACAGGACUAGAGAAGCGAAGAGCCCUAUGAUUCUUUCCUCGACAAGCGUGUCGUACAAUACAACACUAACACCAGCGCCAGAUGUAGCAAGUACUGCACCAACAGCGAUAUCACCAUCUUCUGUAGGCAAUAUGACGACACUGGUUUCUUCUGUUAACUUGACGAGAUCUUCAUUGUCAACCACAUUGAUCCCAAGCAUUCGCACGUCUAUUUUGUCUUACAAUAGAACGGUCAUCGUAACUCCAAACACAACAAGAUUGGUUACCUCAAAGAUCUCAUCGUUUACUGUAAAUGUAAGUGCUAACUCGACGACAUCUUUGAUCCAGCAAAACAUCACGCUAAUCACAACAAUGGCUGUGAACGACACUUCGAGAACGACAUCAACAAGUGCGGUUGUCGGAACCAUGAUCACACCAUCACCCAAUAUUACAAGCUACCCCUCAUUGAUGACGUUGGCAUUGGGUAAUUUUACAAGUGUAACAAGCGUUAUCUUUGACUCGACUUCCCACAAUGGAACUCCACCUGUACAAAGCAUCAGUGCCCUUACCUCACCAAACGUCACACUAAACAGGACUACAGAAGCGAACAACACUAUGAUGCUUCCCUUGACAAGCGUGUCAUACAAUACAACACUAACACUAGCGCCGGAUGCAACAAGUACUGCAACAACAGCGAUAUCACCAUCUUCUGUAGCCAAUAUGACGACUCUGGUUUCUUCUGUUAACUUGACGAGAUCUUCAUUGUCAACCACAUUGAUCCCAAGCAUUAGCACGUCUAUUUUGUCUUACAAUACAACCGUCAUCGAAACACCAAACACAACAAGAUUUGUCACUUCAACGAUCUUAUCGUUUACUGUAAAUGUAAGUGCUAACCCGACGACAUCUUUAAUCCAGCCAAACAUCACGCUAAUCACAACAAUGGCUGUCAACGACACUUCGAGGACGACACCAACAGGUGCGGUUGUCGGAACCAUGAUCACGCCAUCACCCAAUAUUACAAGCUACCCCUCAUUGAUGACGUUGGCAUUGGGUAAUUUUCCAAGUGCAACAAGUGUUGUCUUUGACUCGACUUCCAACAAUGCAACUCCACUUGUACAAAGCAUCACUGCCCCUACCUCACCAAACGUCACAAUAAACAGGACUACAGAAGCGAACAGCACUAUGAUUCUUUCCUCGACAAGCGUGUCGUACAAUACAACACUAACCUCAGCGCCAGAUGCAGCAAGUACUUCACCAACAGCGAUAUCACCAUCUUCUGUAGGCAAUAUGACGACUCUGGUUUCUUCUGUUAACUUGACGAGAUCUUCAUUGUCAACCACAUUGAUCCCAAGCAUUCGCACGGCUAUUUUGUCUUACAAUACAACGGUCAUCGAAAUUCCAAACACAACAAGAUUGGUGAUUUCAAAGAUCUCAUCGUUUACUGUAAAUGUAAGUGCUAACUCGACGACAUCUUUGAUCCAGCCAAACAUCACGCUUAUCACAACAAAGGCUGUGAACGACACUUCGAGGACGACAUCACCAAGUGCGGUUGUCGGAACCAUGAUCACACCAUCACCCAAUAUUACAAGCUACCCCUCAUUGAUGACGUUGGCAUUGGGUAAUUUUACAAGUGCAACAAGUGUUGUCUUUGACUCGACUUCCAGCUAUGCAACACCACUUGUACAAAGCAUCAGUGCCCCUACCUCACCAAACGUCACACUAAACAGGACUAGAGAAGCGAACAGCACUAUGAUUCUUUCCCCGACAAGCGUGUCAUACAAUACAACACUUCCACCAGCGCCGGAUGCAACAAGUACUGCAACAACAGCGAUAUCACCAUCUUCUGUAGCCAAUAUGCCGACUCUGGUUUCUUCUGUUAACUUGACGAGAUCUUCAUUGUCAACCACAUUGAUCCCAAGCAUUCGCACGUCUAUUUUGUCUUACAAUACAACGGUCAUCGAAACUCCAAACACAACAAGAUUGGUGACUUCUAAGAUCUUAUCGUUUACUGUAAAUGUAAGUGCUAACUCGACGACAUCUUUAAUCCAGCCAAACAUCACGCUAAUCACAACGAUGGCUGUGAACGACACCUUGGGGACGACAUCAACGGGUGCGGUUUUCGCAACAACGCUCACUCCAUCACCCAAUAUUACAAGCUACCCCUCAUUGGUGACUUUGGCAGUAGGUAAUUUUACAAGUGCAUCAAGAGUUGUCUUUUACUCGACUACCCAUAAUGCAACUACACUUGUACCAAGCAUCAGUGCCUCUAUCUCACCAAAUGUCACAAUAAACAGGACUAGAGAAGCGAACAGCACUAUUAUUCUUCCUUCGACAAGCGUGCCAUACAAUACAACACUCAAACCAGCUCCAAAUGCAACAAGUACUUCGGCAACAGCGAUAUCACCAUCUUUUGUAGGCAAUAUGACGACUCUGGUUUCUUCUGUUAACUUGUCGAGAUCUUCAUUGUCAACCACAUUGAUCCCAAGCAUUAGCACGUCUAUUUUGUCUUACAAUACAACCGUCAUCGCAACACCAAACACAACAAGAUUGGUGACUUCAAUAAUCUCAUCGUUUACUUUAAAUGUAAGUGCUAACUGGAUGACAUCUUUGAUUGAAAGCACAAUUCUGGCAACCGUUUCUUCCUUUAUCCAACCAAACAUCACACUAUUCACAACGAUGGCUGUGAACGACACCUUUAGAACGACAUCAAUAAGUGUGGUUUUCGAAACCAUAAUCACACCAUCACCCAAUAUUACAAGCUACCCCUCAUUGAUGACGUCGGCAGUGGGUAAUUUUACAAGUGCAACAAGUGUUGUCCUUUACUCGACUACCCACAAUGCAACUACACUCGUACCAAGCAUCAGUGCCUCAAUCUCACCAAACGUCACAAUAAACAUGACUACAGAAGCGAACAGCACUAUGAUUCUUCCCUCGACAAGCGUGUCAUACAAUACAACACUUACAGCAGCGCCGAAUGCAACAAGUACUGCAACAACAGCGAUAUCACCAUCUUCUGUAGCCAAUAUGACGACUCUGGUUUCUUCUGUUAACUUGACGAGAUCUUCAUUGUCAACCACAUUGAUCCCAAGCAUUAGCACGUCUAUUUUGUCUUACAAUACAACCGUCAUCGAAACUCCAAACACAACAAGAUUGGUGACUUCAAAGAUCUCAUCGUUUACUGUAAAUGUAAGUGCUAACUCGACGACAUCUUUGAUCCUGCCAAACAUCACGCUAAUCACAACAAUGGCUGUGAACGACACCUCGAGGACAACAUCAACAAGUGCGGUUGUCGGAACCAUGAUCACACCAUCACCCAAUAUUACAAGCUACCCCUCAUUGAUGACGUUGGCAUUGGGUAAUUUUACAAGGGCAACAAGUGUUGUCUUUGACUCGACUUCCAACAAUGCAACUCCACUUGUACAAAGCAUCAGUGCCCCUACCUCACCAAACGUCACAAUAAACAGGACUAGAGAAGCGAACAGCACUAUGAUUCUUCCCUCGACAAGCGUGUCGUACAAUACAACACUAACACCAGCGCCGGAUGAAACAAGUACUGCAGCAACAGCGAUAUCACCAUCUUCUGUAGCCAAUAUGACGACUCUGGUUUCUUCUGUUAACUUGUCGAGAUCUUCAUUGUCAACAACAUUGAUCCCAAGCAUUAGCACGUCCAUUUUAUCUUACAAUACAACCGUCAUCGCAACUUUUAACACAACAAGAUUGGUGACUUCAACAAUCUCAUUAUCUACUGUAAAUGUGAGUGCUCUCUCGACGACAUCUUCAAUUGAAAGCACAACCAUGGCAAGGGUUGCUUCCUUUAUCCAACCAAACGUUACAUCGAUCACAACUAUCAAAAUAGACGACACCUCGAGGACGCCAUCAGCAAGUGUGGCGUUCGAAACAACGAUCACACCAUCACCCAAUGUUACAAGCUACCAACCCUUAUUGAUGACGUCGUCGGCAGUCGCUAUCUCUACAAGGGCAGCAAGUAUAGCAACUAUAGCAUCUAGUAGCGAACAUAUCUCGACUUGGACCGGCUCUUUAGCUUUGUUGUAUACAGAGAGGCUAACAACACGUGCUAUCCCCGCCGAUUCAGCCAGUUCUCUAGCAGCGCGUGUGACCUUUGUGGUUUCUUUUUCAUUGGUUUCAAGCUUUGAUGUGAAAGUAUCUUCUUCAGUGCUUCCACUGCCACCGAAUAUAGCGGCGAUGACCCAAGAGCAAACGUUUUUUGGCCAUCAUGGAUGUGGAGAUUAUAGAGAAAGAAGCUCUACAAGAGCAAAGUUGCGGGAGAAGUUUCGUCGCGCUAUCCGCAUGGUGCAGAUAUUCAGCGCGUUCUGUAUCGGCAUUCGCCGGUACGCCGAGCAGGAGAAGAGCACGCAGUAUGACUUGUACUACAUGCGAGACAUGCUUCCGGGAAACGAGGACGUGCCAACACCCGUACAGGAAUCCUCACUCUACUUCAACAAGCAUCUCUUCUCAAGGAACAACACGCUGCAUUUCCCUCUGUGGGCGCGCUGGACUUGUUGUCUGGCGCCUGAGGAUCGAAAAGAGGCGGAAAUCAGCAAACUCGUGUCCUUGCUGCGAGGGAUGAAAAGUUUUAACAAGUUCUCGCGGGAAGCGCAGCUCAAACUUUGCCGCACCAUGACUUAUGCCUGUUACGAGAGACGACGGAUCAUCGUUAGACAAGGGCACCCGGGAUUUUGCUUCUACUUUAUAGUCUCGGGCACAGUCUCCGUGACAGUGACGCGGCGAGAUUUCAAGACAGGUAUCUCGGUCACCAGCACAGUUGAUGUUUUAGAGAAGAACGAAUCUUUCGGGGAAAUCGCGUUGAUGUCGGAAGACGCGCGGAGGACGGCGACAAUCGUGUGCCGUGACCGUGUGGAAGUGCUAAUCGUCAACAGAGAGACGGUCAUGGAACACUGUCCAGACGUGUUCCAGACAGAAUUCCGAGAAAAAUACAACGUCAUACAGAGCCACAAGCUGUUUCACGGGUGGGAUGACCAUGCCCUAACUCAGCUUUGCUUCGAGUCGCACAUCAAGGAGUUGGCCCAUGGGAAGCUCGUCGAUGCCGACACCAAACUUUCUGACGCCGUUUAUUUUAUCAUAAGGGGAAAAGUGGAAAUGCUUCGAAGGCUUGAUCUGACAAACUUGAACAAUUCACACACGUCAAUCAAGCUGUACGGAUCACGCGAGCUUCCUCAACCCGAGUCGACAGCGCAUGCGCGCGGCAAGCAGGAGUAUGUCAAUAUUGGAUCGCUGUACAAGGGAGAAGCCUGGGACUUACAGACCCUCUUUCCUGAUGCUACUGAUGUGCCCGGAAGCAUUUUGGUCAGCGCUGGUGCACGGCUGCUCAAAGUGCCAAAAAUACGCAUUCUUCAACUUUGCAGCAAAGGAGAAAUAGAAGAGUUCCAGAAAAACUACAUUCCUCAACACAUAUGCCCAAGUAAUGACGCGCUUUACGAGAAAUUCCUGGCCGCGCAGUCCUGGAUCGAAUACCGUAAGAAAGUCGUACAGAACGUUGUCGAUUUCAAAAAUGGACGCUUGAUUGCGCAUGUCCCAAGCAGUGCUAAAGGCACUUCCGGCUGGGGAGCUUGGCCUGGGCGCCAAGCCAAAACCACGUGUGCCACAACACAAAUGACCAAGAUCCCGGAUGUUGUGGUGAAAGAAAUCAAAUGAGAAGAAUGGGAGUAGAAGAGCUUAAAAUUUAUCCUUAUUAAAUAGGGAAGGACUAUUUAAAUGAAAUUGAAAAUAUAGAACAAUUGUAAAUAUAGAAAAGACAACCUUAGUAUUUAUGCCAAAAAUAAAUGCAGAUAUAAUUGCAA